AUGGAUCUUAUAUGUCCAUUUUAUGAUGAACAACAAUCAUAUAUGACAAAUGAACUUGAACAAUAUGAUAUAUAUCGUGUAACUAAAAAUGAAUAUGAUAUGUGUAGUAUAGAUCCAUAUAAUAUUGAUUCAAUAACUCGUCUUGUGAUCACAUGUAACAGUCCUUAUGAUAUAAUGAAAUAUACAUUGAAUUUUCGUCCAUAUUUACCAAUACCAAAUGGAUUAGAAUUUCAUUCAAAUCAAACUUAUUAUUUUCUUUCAACAUCAUUAACACAUCCACAAUGUUAUAGAUUAAAAAUAAUUGUACAUGAUUAUUAUCGAGCUUCAUCGUCUCUGACUACAGUCACAUCUAUUAAUGAACAAGAACGAAAAACUCGUAUAUUUUCUCAUUAUUCUCAUCAUCGACAUGGAUCAUCAUCUGUAGACAAAAAUAUUAAUUAUAAUGAUAAUUAUCGUUUACUUUCACAUAUAAUUAAAGCCCAACGUCACAGUGAUCCAUAUUCAAUAAAAUGGAUUACAGAAGGACCACAUGACGUUAAAGAUUUUGAUAAGUCUUAUCGAACAACAAAAAUCAUGAAUACAACUGUUUCAUCAUCUAAUAUGUUUAGUAUUGUAUUGAGUUCUUCAUCAUCAAAGCUACAAAUAUCAUUUAUUAUUAUUAUUAUAGUUCUUCUACUUUCUCUAAAAUAA